GUUCGUUCGGAGGAUGAGAAGCGGGUUGCUGCCCUGGAUGCUGGUCUCAGGCGGGUUUGCACGCCCAAGGCCAAGACUGGCAAGCUGGAGGUGGCCCCAGAAAUCUACCAGCAGUGGAAGAAGGGGGGCAUGGAACGAAAGCUGCUUCUUGAUCAGUUCAUUGCAGCCGGUGCCAACAAGGCAGCCUUCAUCAAGCGCAUCGAGCACAUCCGGUCCAGGUCCCGGACCAGCACGCUGACCGUCAAGAGCGGUUGGUACUCGAAGGAUGCCAUGAAGAAGAUCCGGGCCCCGCAGUUUGGCCUGCGGGACAAGUAUCAGAAGAAGCUCAAGGAGUACUGGGUGGACGUUGCUACGGAGGGUGCCUUUCAGAAGUCCUCUGAGGAAACCUUCAAGGAAACCUUGAUGGGGGAAGGGGAGGCUGAUGAUGUGACCGUCGGAGGGGUCAAUCCAGGAGAACCCGUGGAUGGCAGUUCGGGUGAGUCCUCUGCAGGGGAGGAUGACUCGGAGGACGAUGCUGACAGUGGUGCCGGGAGAGCCCGCAAAGCGGGCCGGGGCAAGGGUAACGGUGGCAAGACAUCCAUUGAGGAGGAGAAAGCCCUCGAGGCGGUCGAGAAUGUCGGCGCCGUGAUGACCAAUAUCCUUCGCACGCAGGGGAAGAUGGAUGAUCUGUGCAAAAAGCUAAGAGAUUUGGGUUCGGAGGAUGCCAAGAAGUCCGAAACAACGAUUAAGAAGCACGUGGCCGAGAUCAUGAAGCUUCAUGAUCAGAUGGCUGACGUGAAGUCGUACUUCGAUGGACAUGGUGCAAUGAGCCCUGAGAAGACCAGUGAGCUUCAGAAGCUCGUGCAGGCUGUGGAAACUGCGUGCAGCCGUGCUGUGAUGGAGGAUACGAAGCUCAAAAGGACUUUGCUUCGCCCGAAGACGAGUCAGACGAAGCCUCCACAGGAGGCUGUUCCUGCAAAGUCUGGAGGAAAGGGUCCUAGCUCCAAGGGCGGUGGCAAGAGCAAGGCUAAGGCCUCCAUGGCAGAUCUUCAAUGGGACGGCACUGUUGAUCCCCCGCCGGCGAAGAGAUCCAAGAGCGGUCCUGCAGCAAAGGCGGUGGCCAAGGCCGUUGGUUGUGGUGCCGCAUGGCUGUCCUUAUCGUGUGGUUACUGGCAGGGGAACCUGCUGCUGUUGUUUGUUGUGAUUCGGCUGAUAAGCGAGCAGCUCUUACAGGCCACUUCGGUGCGAUUCGAGGGCUUCGUUAAGAAUCUUGUGGUCAUAGGUAAGCGAGACACACGCUUGUUCUUUGGCUUCUGCUUUCUGGCAAGAGAUUCGGAAGCUGACCGUCUUGCUUCUACAGGGCACGAGACCCGCCUGGGUCAAACCUUGGUGAAACACAACUUUUUGGCAAAGGUUGACGUGUCCUAUGUGGAUGUUUUUCUAAAGAAGUCCCAUCCUGUUCUGGCGAUUCGGGACUUCGUUGCGGGAUUAUCUGCUGAGGACCACAUGACGACCCUUUUUCAUGGGCACGAAGCUGCAGACUAUGCGAGAUUUUGGGCCCAUUGGCAGAAGGUGCAGCCCGACCAUCCGGUUUACGAAGUUCACGCUGGCCGUUUAGGCCAGGUCGUUCCAAUUUGGAUACACGCCGAUGAGGGGACCAGCCAAAAAAAACGAGGCCUCAUGGUCCUUUCCUGGCAACCCUUGCUGGGACAGGGGACGCAGCGCCAACCGAACUCCAGCUUGAAUUUUUUGGGCCCGAGCGUUUCGACUCGUUGUUUGUUUUCUGUUAUGUCCACCCAGCUCUACAACACUGCGAGCAAGAAGAAACGUCUCAUGGCUCUUGCCGAUGUUUUUGCGCAAAACCUUCGAGAUUGUUUCGAGCGACCUAUCGAGAUAUCGUGGAAUGGCGAACAAGAGCAAAUUUACCUAUCUUGCUUAGGCAUGAAGGGCGAUUGGCCUGCUCAAAUCAAAUUGGGAGGACUCCGUCGUCACCACUUGCGAGACACAUGGUCCACAGAUGCCGGCGCUGGCAUCUGCCAUUACUGUAUGGGCGGCAUGAAGGGGCACCCUUGGCAUGACUUAUCAUUCGCCAACAUGCUUGCGAUGAGACAGGACGCACCGCCAGCGUGGUCCAAGCCCACUGGGCUGAUCCAGCAUGUGCCGCACAGCGUUCUGCAGGAACCGUACUUCUUCCGCAUCGACCUCUUCCACCUCAUGCACAAAGGUGUUCUUGCAGACAUUGCUGCCAACGCCAUUGUUUCCCAGCUCGCACUACAUUUCCUUGUGAGCAUAAUGGUGAGCUGCAGCGAUCAUGAGCUCUUCGGCUGUACAUCGCUUGAUCAGACCAUGGCCUAUCUGUAUGAGGAUGCAAGACAGUUUUGCCAGGCGCAAGGCCUGGAACUGCACAUGUCUUGGUUCAAAGGGAACGACACGACGAGUUUGUGUAAGUACAUGCAGUGGAAGCUCAAGGACGUCCACGCAGACAUGACUGGAUCCGACAAGCUCUACUUUGCUGAAAUCGCGUCUUUGCUGUCUUCUGGCAACGAGUUCAUGCACCGACUAUACCACGCUGGUUUGUGGUUGUCACGAAGCGAUCGUGACAAGAUCAUUGCUGCAGGGGACAAGCUUGUGGACUCGUUUAUGCUGCUAGCCCAACUGGCCUACAACAGCGAUAUAUGCCGCUGGAAGGUUCAAACAAAAUUUCAUAUGUUCGGCGAACUUGUCUUCAGUCUGAAGAUGGAUAGGACCAGAGGCUGCAGAUCACUCAGCCCCCUGUCCUACUCCACACAGGUGGACGAGGAUUUCAUAGGGAAAAUCUGCACAGCUUCACGGUAUGUCAGCUCUCGAACGCUGCACGAGAAGACAAUUCACCGAUAUUUGUUGAAGCUCAAACAAUGUUGGGAGUGA